GAGCUUUCCUAUUAUAUAAGUUGGUUCAAUCACGCAAUAGAUUUCAGACACGUAUUAAAAUUCCAGAACGAUGCUUCGAGAAGUUGUCAUUUUGCUGUCCAUUGUUACAAUCGUGAAAUGCAAUCAAAUCUGUUGGCAAUGCAGUGAUGAGUCGAAUUUAGCAUUAUGUCGUAACAACACAGUGACCUGUUCUACUAACGAGGAAUGUUUCCUGGAAAAGGCUAUCACCGAUACAAAUGCGGUCGUGUACAGCGGUGGGUGUAGGUCAAAUAAGGUUUGCCAAAUCAUGCAAGCGGUCUCAGGUGUUGCGAUUGGUAAAAGAUCGACAGGCCUGUGUGGGAAAUGUUGUACAGGACCUCACUGCCAGGAUACUCUUUGUGGUCUUACGUCAAGUGGACCAAGUCUGAGUAUAUGUUUAUCAUGUAAUUCCGUCAGUUCCCCUGCGGCUUGUAUGAAUUCCGAGGUGUGCCAGGAUACAGAGGUUUGUUCUGCUGGUAUCCACAUCGAAGGUGGUUCUUUAGUUCGUUACUCGUUGGGAUGUGAAUCAAAACAUUUAUGCCGGGAACAGGCCGCUUAUUUAACGCCAGGUCAUCCAGGCCGAGCUAUAGUAAAUGCCAUAUCUAUAUGCGAUUCUUGCUGUGUCAGCGAUCACUGUAACAAGGCUGAUUGUUAUGUCUUGAUGAAAAAUAUGACAGUGUCCAUGUUUUCAACAUGAUGAUUUGUACUCUGUUUCAAUGUAUUCAUACAAAAAUGAAUUGUAAUUAAACAGUUUCCAAUGUA